UCGACAUGGCAACCGUUCGUGAACUGCUGUGCAGUUUAAGCUUUGUUUAUUUUAUUAGCUGUGAUAUUGCUGCGGAGACAUAAGGUGCGCUAACAUAUUCUUAAACUUUUAUUUACCAUCUGAAGGCUUGUCUGGCCCCCAAAUAAUUGCGGAUUUAAUUAAAAAAGACAAUGAUGAAGUUUUGAGCGGCACGGCAACGCGCGUUCGCGAGGCUCCUCGGUUUGGGAAUCGGUCGCGCGCGGUAGUCUUUGCAGCAUCUGAAAUCUCUUUCAGUUUAUAUCCUAAAAAGAAUGUGAAUGUACAUAUUUAACCCAUAAAGCAAAUGUGACAACCUGUUGCAGCCGAAGUGAUUUCAAUGAUCUGUAGAAAUGGAAAAACACACAGCAUGUGUAUGGCCACGUCUGGAGCCUUUCCUGAUCGGGGUGCUUCCCGUAGCACCCCCAAGCAAAUUCAGCCUGCACUAUCUGCGCAAGAUGGCCUGUUAUGUCCGGAGCCGAGACGGCUGCUUUCCCAGGCUCGGAUGGCACAUGUGGCGACACAUCGCCUGCGGCAAACUGCAGCUGGCAGAGGAGCUCGCGUGGGUGUAUUUUGAAACUUUUGAUCUGUUGAUGCCCCAUUCUGUAGAGAGAAGAUUAGAGUGGGCUGAGGCUUUGUCUCAAUGCCACACUCCUAAGGAACUUGAUAGACAGCGUGGUAAGCUGUCAGUGGAUACUCUGCAGUUUUUGCUUUUCUUGUAUCUGCAACAACUAAACCGAAUCUCUCUACGCACGUCACUAAUUGGGGAAGAAUGGCCAAGCCCCCGAUCACGAUCUCCCUCUUCCUCCUCUGAGAGAGAAACCAAAAUAAGCUCCCAAAAUAAGAACUGGGAUGACCAGGCUCAUCUCGCUUUCAUCCAUACACAUCUCCCUGAGCUUUUGGAAUUACUGGUGGAGCCGGGGCAGCUGAGCGUCUCAGGACAGAUUCUGCGUGACAGCCACCUCACUCCAGAAGCCCUUGAGAGCCUCAGUCUGCUGUUGGAAGGGUCUGCGAACCCUGGCCGUACUGUGCAUCCAAUCCACAAGCUCCUCAGCCGUGCACCGCUUCAGGCCCAAGCUGGAUUCUCCAAACUCAACCGUGCUUACUCUCUGCAGCAGUUACAGGGCUUCCUGCGCAAGACUCUCUGCCUCAACCCCUUCGGUAUAUCCAUCUGCUCUCAGUCAGGCAAGAAACUGGCAUGGGCCCUGCAAGUAGAGGGCGUCCUGAAGAAAGCCAAAAUACUUAGGAACAGCCACACAGCUCCUCAAGGAAGUAGACUUGUGCUCAUGUCACAGGUUUGCAAACAGACGUUGGCCAAGGACUCAGAGAAGCUGAAUAAUGCCAAUGUUAAAUUACACCGCUGCAGUGAUGCAUUCAUCUACCUCCUCUCUCCUUUGCGGUCUGUGACUUUGGAUAAGUGCAGGAACACCACAGUGGUGCUAGGCCCGGUGGGGACCAGCGUUCACAUUCAGAGCUGUGAGAGCGUUCGUGUGGUGUGCGCCGCUGGCCGUCUGACUGUCGGCACCUCCUUUCAAUGCACGAUCCACACUCUAACCCCCACUAGACCCCUUCUUCUUCCUGGGAAUGUGUCUCUCACUCUGGGUCCCUUCCACACAUAUUACCCCACCCUGGAGGACCACAUGGCUAGCGUGGGCCUAGCAGUGGUUCCCAAUUUAUGGGACCAGCCGCUGCUGUUCGGAGCCGAGGGUUCUGCCCCAGACACAAGCGGCUAUCGCAUCUUGCCUCCUUCUGAGUUUUAUCCACUGGUGAUACCAUUUCAGAUGGAAGGGGAUAACUGUGAGAUCCCUUGGAGUUUGCCAGAAGAGUAUCAGAAGGCUGUGGAGAGCAGAGAGCAGACGGUACAGGAAUGGCAGAAGACGGUGAAGGACACACACUUGAACAAGGUCCAGAGACGGCAGUUUCAGGCUUUAGUAGAGCAAAAGUUUCAUGAGUGGUUGCUUGAGACGGGACAAAGACAAGAGCUGGACAGCCUUCUUCCUCCUACCCUCAACCCAUCUUCCUCUGUGGACCACUGGACUUCCAGCCACACUUUAGACUCUGCACUUCACCCAAUGAAAGACCAGCCCCCUCAACAGGCCAUGGGUCGGACACCAACUGUUUGCUAAGACGACAACAAAUCGGUUGUUUUUUGUCCAAAAACGUAUUCAAAAAAAUUACAGCUGGAAGAGUACAAAAACUGUCUUUGUUGCAAGACAUUUGUAGAUUCUAUAGAAAUGAUGUAUUAUCCGGUUUGACAGGGACAGGGGUUUUGACUGGGUCCUCUCACACUGUAGUUCUUAUUUAGCCGGUGCUUGAACCAUUUGCCUUAGAUUUGUACUUUAGGAAAAUACUAUGCUGGAGUUAGAGUUUCUGUUAUGUUAUGUGAUAUGUUUCUUUGCUUUAUGUGUUUGAUUCCUGAAGUCACAAGCUGCAUUGGCACUUUUGUUACAAGACCCGUGAUUCCAGAUGUUGAUAUACAAGAGAAUAUCAUUGUACGAGCAAUAUUUAAUUAAACAGGGUAAGGGAACUGUACAGUGAACGAGGGUGAGAUAUGUGCUGAAAUGUAUUGUCAUUUUUUACUUACUGAAGAGUUCGCAAGCAGCUAUUGUUUCCUGACUAUUGACGGUCAGGAUAACUGUAAAUUAAUGUUUGUAUUAUAUGUGAGCUGUCUGUUCACAAUGCACUAUAACUGUAAAUUCACAAGAUAAAUACCAACGACACACAAAA